ACCGAAAUAACCGGAUGUGGUAGAAAAUCAAACCGACUUCUCUCGGUCAAUAAUUGAAUGUAAAAUAAACCAGGAUAAUCUUUUUCUCUGUUUAUUUGAUUUAGACCAAUUUUUUUUUCUUAAUUAAUUAUUCUGGAUUUGAACCGAAUCGAACCGAACCGAAUAUAAGUUAUUUCCGACAUACCAAAAAAACAAACCAUAUGAUUGAAUUGAACAACCCGGUAUGUUCUUUUAUCUGGUUCAUGUAAAUGAAAACGAGAUCAGACACUGUUGUUGCAUACUGUAAUCAGAGGAAGGAAAAGAAGAAAGCAGAGGAAAUGGCGUUAAACUCGAUGACAUGGGGUUACGCACGGAUCAUAGCUGGAACACUUCUCGGCGGGACUCUCGGAUUCUACGUUAUGCAUCGCGUCGAAGUUAGCUACAAGAUGAAGAUGGAGGAAGCGUUAAGGCAAUACGAGAAGGACAUGAAGAAGAGACAAGAAGAAGAGAAUCUCGGUCACAUCAGUGGAGAUUCGGUUUAGCUUUGCCUGGGAGUAUGCACUCAAAGUGUUCGACGAAAUGCCCAAACGAGAUUCUUUCUCGUUUUCUCCUUUUUACUCUUUUUCUUUUGCUGUAAUUUUCGGUUUGGUUUGGUUGGGGGUUUGAGAAAGUUUUAUUGGCUUCGGUUUAAAGUAUCUAUACGAACCAUGAUGGACCAGAUAAACAGCGAUACUAUAUGUCCUUGUGUUUUGUAAGGGUUUCAGUGGGUUUUCUUCUAAAGAAAAAAAGUCUUAAACUGAA